GGCUCCAGGUUCAACUUCUCUGCUGAGGGAGACGGAAGUCGUCCCAGCUGCUGCGCCUCGGACUUCCCUGUGGGGAGAGUGUGGGCAAGCUUGGCAGCCGCACCAUGGUGAGUGAGCGGCUGCUGUCCCCAGACUGGAACGAGUGGCUGGCCAUGGUGAAUGAGGGACUGCUGUCUCCAGACUGGGUGGAGCAACUGGCUGAGCCAUGGGAGCCGAAUACAAUCACCUAUGAUGAUGUGCAUGUCAACUUUACUUGGGAAGAGUGGACUUUGCUGGAUCCUUUCCAGAAGAAUCUCUACAAAGAUGUGAUGCUGGAGACAUACAGGAACCUUACCACCAUAGGGUACAGUUGGGAAGACAGUAAUAUUGAAGUACAUUGUCAAAGUUCUGGAAGACAUGAAAGGCAUGAAAGAAGUCAUACUGGAGAGAAACCUUCUGUAUAUACUCAGUGUGUUGAAACCUUUGCACAUCAUGCCACAUUUAAGACUGUAGUUUAA